AUGACUCAUGAAGACACUUCACAAGUUCGUCGACUAUCUAUCUAUCGACAUUUAUCCGAUGUAUUAAAAUUAAAACGUAAAUCACUUUGUUCACAUAGUAAAGAUUCUAUAUUAUCUUCAACAACUACAACACCUUCACCUUCGUCGACAUUUACAUUCUUUUGGAAUUGUGCAUUAACUGAAGUUGAUACAUCAUCAAAAGAAGAUUGUAAUAGUUUAUCUAAUAAAUCAAUAAAUCAUACUGAUUCAAUAGAUGUUCAUCGUUUACUUAAACAAAAAAGUAUUAGUUAUGAUGAUUUAGUUUUUAUAUCAUUGAAUGAAGAUGAACAAACAAUAUCUACAAAUACUAUUGAUGAUAACUCGAAAUCCAAUGAAACAACGAAUCGAUUAUUAGCUAAACCAUCAGGUGGAAAAGAAAGAAAUGAAAAAAGAAAUUCAAUGGGUUCAACAAUUUUAUCAUUAGAUGGAACUGAUUCAACUAAAAAUAAUCUUUCAUUUAUUCGUCGUAAAUGUGAUGAAUGGUUAACACAUGGUUUACCAAAAUUAGCUCAAUUACAUUUUUCAAUUGAUGAAUGUGAUUUAAUUAUUGAAAAAGAAUGGCAACCAUUUUUAAAUGAACAAGCUCGAACACUUAUGUCUGAAACAAUAAAACUUCAACAAGAAGCAAUCUAUGAAAUGCUUUCAACUGAAGUAUCUUAUAUACGUCAAAUUUUAACAAUGACUGAUAUAUUUAUGACAAGCAUAAAUAUAUUAAAAUCAUCUCAACGUGAUGGAAUAUUUAAUGAUAUUGAUAUGGAUAAAUUAUUUUCAAAUAUACAAGAUGUACUUCAUGGAAAUUUAUUAUUUUGGAAAGAAAUUUUAUUACCAAUUAAACUUAAACUUCAACAAAGUGGUUUACCAAUGAGUCCAUCCGAUUUAAAAAAUGGUUUUAUUAAUUUUGAUUUUUAUUUUAAACCUUAUCUUCAUUAUGUUCUUGAUCAAAAAACAAGUGCAGAAUAUUUUAAACAAAAAUUUUCUCGUGAUGAUUUAUUUCAAUAUUUAAUUACUUGGAUAGAAGCUAAUUUUACUAAUCGUUUAUCAUUUUCGGAUUUAACUAUUAAACCAUUACAAAGACUUACAAGAUAUAAAUUAUUACUUGAAGCUAUACAAAAGAAAACACAUGAUGCUCAACCAAAAAAUGAUCUACAAGAAAUGAUUCAAAAAGUUGCUACAUUUGUAAAUCGUGUUAAUUCAAAAUUACAUAAUCAAGAACAAGAAGAACGUGUUCGUCAGAUUAAUGAUCGUAUAGGUCCAUAUGAAAAUGUAUUAGCACCACCUGAACUUACUUCUAUUCUUCAAGAAUAUAAUCGUGAUUCAAUGUCAAAUCGAUUAAAUCUUCUUGAAGAUAUGCCAUUACAUGUUCGAGGUUAUCGUCGUCAAAUAAUUCAACAAGGUCCAAUGAAAAUGAAAGAUUCAAAAAAUAGUCAAGAUGUUUAUUGUUAUUUAUUUUCUGAUAUGUUUCUUAUAACAAAAGGUAGUAAACGAGGUGGUUCAACAAAUAAUUCAUCAUUAUCAAUGAUAAGUAAUGAUGGACAAACAAAUCGUACAACAUCGAAUAUAACAAAUAAAAUUCUUAAAUCCCCUAUACGUAUUGAUCGAAUUGAUGUGCGAGAAUAUGAUCGUCGUGGUGGAAGUGGUAGCAGUAGUAGUAAUAGUGCAGAACCAAAUACUGCUUCAUUUAUUGCAAUAAUUUUUUCCGAAUAUAAUUUAAUUGAAAGUGCUUAUUUAUUUCAAACAAAUUUAAGUAAACAAUGGAUAGAAAAUAUUCGUCGAACAAAAGCAAAUUUUCAUUUAUUAAUGGAAGAAUCAAAAAUAAAAUUUCAAAAUUUACAUAAUCCAAUAUCACCACCAUGUUGUCCAACAUUAACAAAUACAAUACAUCAAUCACUUCCAAGUCUUUCAUUACCAUUAAUGGAAUCACCUAGUUUUAAAACGAAUGAUUCAAAUUCAUUAACAAAUGAUAAUCAACGUUUAUCAAAAGUUGAAUCAAAUGUAUUUAAAAUAGUUGAACAAACACGAAGAAAUUCACGUACAGAUCGUAAAAAUUUUGGUCGAUAUUUUACAGCCGAUGGUACAAGUACACAUGGAACAACACCAACAUCAUCAUCACCAAUUAAACAAAUGUUAUCAUCAUCAACAACAAUUAUUAAACGUAUGUCAUGGAAUAAUGAUCAAACUAUGGAAAAAAAUGAUUCAUCAUUAAUAACAAAUUCAUUUCGAAGUGUACAUAGUUCAAGUGGUGUUAGUUCAACAGGUUCAUUUUUAUUUAGUACAGAUGAAGAUUCUUCUAUAACAACAACAUCGUCAUCAAUACCUUCAAUUGUACCAUCAAUAAAAAAUAAUGAAUGGGAUGAAAAAAGUUUAGCAUCAACUGUUACUGAAACAGAUGAUCAAUUAAUACAAUCAUCUUUAGAUAAUCAACAACAACAAAAUUUAAUAUCAGAAGAUUCAAUUAAAAAUAAUCUUGAAAAUAAAAAUAAUGAACAUUUAAUUACUCAAAUGUCACCAUCAAGUACAAGUACAAUUAUAUCAAAUAAUCAAACAUUAAUUGAACCGACAUCGUCUAUCACUACUGAUAUAUCUUCACCAGAAUCUUCACUUCGUCGAAUACCUUAUCCAAGUGUAAGAAAACGAAAUCAAACUCAUUAUCGUUCAGUUCUUCAUCAACAAGCAUAUCGUCGAUAUAAAAUUGCAAAAGAUAAUGAUAUAGAAUCAUUAAAAUCUAAUGAUGAUAAUACAAUAAAUCGAACAAUUCAUUCACCUGUUGAUGAUUCAUCAUUAUUUAGUAGUGGAAAUGAAAGUGAUUACGAUAAUAAUCAAUAUACGACUAUUAAAAUACCGGUGAAUGAUCAUAUUAAUUCUGAUGAAUUAACACAUACAAAUAAUGAAACUCAUAUAGAAAAUCUUAAUGUUAACAACAAUCAACAGUCAGAUAUAAAAACAAUAACAUCAAAAGAUACACCUCAUAGAGCUAAUAAAAUAACAACACUUAAUGCAACAGCAACAUUAGACGAUAGUGAACCAACAAGUUUUCAACCAUAUCGUAAAGAUCCAAUAACAACUCGACGAUUACUUGAUAUUCGAAGUCAUUUAUUAUUAAAUACAACACUUGAUGCAACCGUUGUUCUAUGCUACAUAAUAUGUCGAGGUAAUGCACUUCAAUGUAAAACUUGUGAGGAAAAUAAUCCAUCUUGUUUAUUUGAACAUGACAUUAAAAUACGUCAUUGUGAAAAUGAAGAGGAUGUUUGUUAUUCGUGGUUGUAUCGCAGUGGAAGUGAAAUUGGAAUACGACGUGAUUGUUUAUCGAUUAGUUCUCCUGAAUAUAAUUUAAUCAAGGGGAUACUUGGUACUAAAGACAAUAAUUGUCUUAAACGUAUACGUGGACUUGAUUGUUUUACAAUUUGUUCGACCGAUUUGUGCAAUUAA